AUGAUUGCUGGUGAAACAUCUCGUGCCUAUGAAGAAGUUUUCACAAUCAACUAUAUUGCCGCAAGAAGUGUUGGUAUUGGUGCCUAUGUGAACAGACUUGGUCAAAGAAUUAUUCAGAACAGAAGAGCUCCAAUCUUGCUUACUGGUGCCGGUGCCUUGAACAAAGUACUCUCCAGAGAAGUUUAUACAAGCAACUUACAAUUGGGAGGUAUUCAAAUCAUGUAUCCAAAUGGUGUGUCUCACUUAGUUGCUGCUGAUGACUAUCGUGCUAUUCAACAAGCCAUGAAAUGGUUGCAAUAUGUACCUAAAACUAUUGGAUCUCCUCUUCCAAUUUUGAAGAAUUUGGAUAAUCCAGAGCGUGAAAUUGGUUUUGUUCCAGUUGAAGGAUCUCACUAUGACUUUAGAGAAAUGUUAGUUGGCAAAUAUGUCGAAAAUAAUGAUGAAAAGACAUAUUUGAGUGGAUUCUUUGACAAGGACUCGUUCUUUGAAACCUUGGGAGGAUGGGCUAAGAAUAUUAUUGUUGCUCGUGCGAGACUUGGAGGUAUUCCAAUGGGUGUUAUCGCAGUUGAUACAAAGACCUAUGAACAGGUUAUUCCAGCAGAUCCAGCUGACAGCAAUUCAAGAGAACGUGUUGUUCAAAAAUCUGGCCAAGUUUGGUAUCCAGAUUCAGCAUUCAAGACUGCUCAAGCUAUCAAUGAUUUCAACAAGGGAGAACAAUUACCACUCAUGAUAUUUGCUAACUGGAGAGGUUUUUCGGGAGGCCAAAGAGAUAUGUUUGAUGAAAUUCUCAAGUUUGGUUCCUACAUUGUCGAUGCUCUAACUCAAUACAAACAACCUGUGUUCGUUUAUAUUCCUCCACAUGGAGAAUUGAGAGGAGGUGCGUGGGUUGUUGUAGAUCCAAUGAUCAACAAUGAGGUUAUGGAAAUGUUUGCUGACGAAAAAUCAAAGGGUGGUAUUUUGGAAGCUUCGGGUAUCGUUGAAAUUAAGUACAGAAAACAAGAAAUUGUUGCCACAAUUCAACGUUUGGAUGAAGAAUAUAUUAGACUCAGCAGAGAAUUAGGUAGUCCUGAAAUUUCACUUCAAGAAAAAGAUCAAAUCAAAUUGAAGAUGGAGAAGAGAGUCGAAAGAUUACUUCCAAUCUAUACUCAAGUUGCUGAAUGCUUUGCUGAUCUUCACGACACUCCAGGAAGAAUGAAGGCUAAGGGUGUCAUCACUGAAAUUGUAUCAUGGAAGAAUGCCAGAACCUACUUUUAUUGGAGAUUAAGAAGAAAACUUGUUGAAUUCUCAUUGUUGAACCAAUUGAGCGAUUGUGUUGCUCAAAAUAAGAUUAGUGUCAAGAGACAAAUCUUGAGAGAAAAAGUCAUCAACAAUGAGAAAUUGUGGAAUAAUGAUAAGGAAUUCCUUUCUUGGGUUGAAUCCAACAGCCAAACUGUGCAGCAAUCUAUUGCCAAUAUUAGACGUGAAAAGGUCAAACAAGACGUUGCUUGUUUGUGCUCAGAAAAUGCCGAUGCAGUUCUUGAAGGAUUACUUUCUUAUUUGGAACAUAAUUCUGUGAAUGAAGCUCUGAAAGAAAAGCUCCGAAAACUCCUCUAA